CACUCACAAACCAUCUUCCAAUCUCUAUUCCUCCGCCACAGAAACCUGCAAACCCUCAGAAAUGCAUCUCACUACUUUCCUCCCCGUCCUCCUCCUCUCCUUCUCGCCGACCACUCUGGCCCAAAAAUGCAACCCCAACCACAACCUCAAAUGCUGCAAGGUCCGAAACUCGCUGGCUGACGGUGCGGUCACCGACGUGACCAAUGGAGCGGGUGUGGCGCUCGACCCGGAAUUGCUAGGGACUGUGGGCGCCGAAUGUGACGCGGUCUCAGCAGCGACGGACUGUGAUGUUGCGCGGGGGUAUGCACUGGCGUGUUGUGCGGGGGGCUCGGGAGACGACGCGGCUGCUUACUGUCAGAAGCCGAUUCCGGGGCAGACUACUGGCAAGGCAAUGGACGAGGCUUCGGACAAGGCCUCGGACGCGCCUGGGGAGAAGGGGGUAGAAGAGAACAAGCGCUGAGUCAAAGGACUUGAGAAAGUUAAACAUGGUUAAGAGGGAG